CCAACCCUCCAUUUGCCCAUACAUCGCUAGGACCGAACCUCAUCCCGAGAAAAAACCCAUGUCCCAUUCGGUUCAGGCAGCCCAAUCCAGAGAGAGAAGAAGAGUUGGAGAGCAUUUGUGUGAUGCCGCGGUGAUUCAGCAGAAAGCAAGAGUUUAGGAGAGGCCAAGGCACAACAAUUCCGGCGGCACCCAGGCUUCUUUCCAACGCCCGGCGUGAAAAUUCCCGGUUCGUUUAGCAAUCACGACAUGUCCAACAGUGCUAUAUAGGUACAAUGGUUAGAAUCUGAGGACAAAUAAUGGCUCUGCAUGUGGAAGUUGUGGGUCUUUCAUUGCAUUCCAGAAACAGCACAAAUCCUUGCGCAGGCUGAUCCUUUGGUGUUUUGUAUUUAGUUAGUUAUUGUUCCCAGGGCAUGAUGACAGAAAAAAUCCCAGUUCCUCCAUGAGGCUUGUCAUUGAGAAAAGGACUUGAAACUUUGAUGCAUCUUGAAAUACAAUGUAUAAUGUUAAAGUAAAAAAAGGGUCACCAGAAUUUGGGAUUGUCGGCUCUUUUUUAUGUCACUAUCAGAAUCAAUGAUGGACGAGGAAAUAACAAAGGGAGACAAACUUGUGUUAAGGGGGCUGAAGUUUCAUGGGUUUCAUGGGGUGAAGUCUGAAGAAAGAAAGCUCGGUCAGAAGUUCUUUGUAGAUGUGGAUGCCUGGAUGGAUCUCCGAACAGCUGGUAAAUCUGAUUGCUUGUCAGAUACUAUAAGUUAUACUGAGAUAUACCGCAUAGUCAGUGAAGUAGUGGAGGGUCCGCCGCAAAACCUCCUGGAGUCGGUGGCUCAACUCAUUGCUUCAACAACUCUGACCAAGUAUCCCCAGAUAUCUGCUGUUCGUGUGAAGGUUGGGAAGCCUCAUGUUGCAGUUCAAGGCCCUGUUGAUUACUUGGGCGUUGAGAUUCUCAGAUACCAAAGUAUUAAUAAUGUACAAAACUGAUAUUACAACUGUUUGUCUUAAUAAUACAUGCAACAAAUUUAUUGUUAUUAAACUGUGGUAAUGCCUAGAACUGGGUUAGUCCUAAUAAAAGAGAGUUGAUUUUUGUCAUUUA